GGCAUCGAGGAGGAAAUUUAGUGUUCCAUUGCGAAAUGGAUCUCCGUAGAGGUAGCAAAACAGGGCGUGGUAUUUCCUCUGCAUAUGGGGAGGGGUGAGAUGAUGGAGGAGUACCAGGGCACGGAUGACCGCAUGCCUUUUCGAGGAGGCAAAUGGGUAGAAAUACCCACAAUGGCAGGAAGGUAGCAGCCGGCACGUUCCUCUGUUCGAGGAGGAAAUUUAGUUACACAGGUAAAUUUUUGUCUUGCUGCGGGGCUUUGUCAUCAACACACGUUUAUCCUGUCUUCUUCUGAUGUGAGCUUUGAUUCAUCGACUUUCUUGCGACUUCUCCUGGUGUUGGUCCUCUGCGCAUUCGCAUUCGCGAUUUCUGCGUAACGUGAAAGGCGCAGAAUGAAAAAAAAGUUGCGUGUGCAAAAAAGUCGCCGUUCAUUGCAGGUAUUGUUUUUCGAAUACACUGCAGAAAAUGUUAUUUCUGAAGAUGUGAGAAGCUUAAUGCAUGCAGUGAAACGACAAGUCAAGCUCAAUCAAGUCACACUUGAAAUUGCACACUUGAGAUUCACACUUCACACAAAAAAUAUCUCAGUACAGAGUACUUUGGAGUACAAAGUACGUUCAAUUGCAUGUCCGGUGGGUAAUGGCUACCCCACCGGUGUCGACCGCGGCCGCACGGUCGUGCUCAGGGGGCUUACUACCUUCUUCGACCCGUUUCUACUCCACAUUUCCACUCACCCCCAUCCGCUGUUGACCGGCGGACGUCUCCGGAAACAUCCGCAGGUCGAUUAGCGUCAAUGAAUCCGGCAUUCCCCCCUUCUCUUAGUUAUAGACAGAGGGAUGGGGUUGAGUAUGCAAUUGUGGUCGGAACGGUUGUGAUUGGAGCAUGGUGUGGAGUGUGCCGAUUCGUCAGAGUGUAAUGGAAGCUUUGGGAAAUUCUCGCUCUGCGAUUGAAGAGGACCUCGAUUACCUGUGGAUUGUGCUGAUCCGUCAGUGUAAUGCAAGCUUUGGGAAAAGUGACGGUCUGCGAUUGAAGCGGGGACCUCGAUUACGUGGGACCAGAUCAUGCGGGCCCAGGUGGUGGUAAAUGGCUCUGGUUUGUUUUACUAUAAUCAGAAACGGAUGACCAGGUGGCCGGGAAUAUGGUUGCGCAGCGGAUGGAGGACAUAACCAGGGUAGUUCAGAUGCUUCUGAAGCUGAUGGAUCUCUGUGCUUUGCUGUUGUAGAGACUUGCUACGGUUUGCUUGUUGUGCCACUUUGACGUCAUCGGAUUUGACUGAUGUUUGAGAAAGUGCUCGUAUGGCUUCUUCCGCACACACUGAACGCCUCCUCACAAGAGCGUGUGUGCGGAAUACGGAAUUCAUUCGUGAAGUGUAGAGUUGGACAGGAUUACUAGUGUUGUGUCCCGCUUGGCAGCGAUCUUCUGGAUUAGAAUGCAGAGGAAGGCUCGUUUGAGCUCGGACACAGGUUCUUCCCCGAGCUGAAUGUGGGUUUUCACUGGUCUCCAAUUGUUGUGCCCGUUUUAGCAGGAAAGCAGCGUAGAUUUCCCCUGUCACGCCAGAUAAAUUGUUUGCGAUAAGGUAAAGACGCACCAGGAGAGACUUUUGACCGGGGUAGGUAGAGUUUCUUGUGCCUAGAACCAGCAGCAGCAGAAAGCUUUGUUUUAUCCUGCAGUUCACCCCCUAUUUUUCUUGCAGCCUGUGUAGACUCCAAGUCAAAUUCUUUCUUCCUCGAAUCUGCUGCAAAAAUGGCUGAGCUUGCUUCUGAACAAUUUUAUUCUUUGGUGAUCCGUCCUGUCAUCGGGUGCCAAACGUCAGGAUUCGUUAGCUCAUGGCCCAACAACCUCCUUCAUCACAAUGUUUGCAGACUUCUUGUGGCAUAAAGGAUAAAGGUUGGCUGUGGGAGUGUUUUGUUUAAUCUGCACACGACUCUGCGCUAAUAACAUCACAAGGUUCAGCACUGUGUGCAUUCGCAUAAAGGGUCAGCAACACAGAAUGGUGUUGUGAUGCAGGGAUGCUGCAUCCAACCUUUUGUAAUAGAAUUCAAACUUUUAGGUGUUUUGGGGGAGAAGGGUAUCAUCUCUUCCUUUGUCAUGAUGAUUGAUGACUCGUUCAGGGCUAAUCAUAUAGCCUCGUGAUGAGUCGGUGAAACUCCGAUGAGACAGUUUGGCACUGCACGCUCCCGCUCGUUUGUUGUCCUCUUCUCGGUCACUGCCUACGGUCUACCGGGCAGCUCUGUUUGACUAUAUAUAUAUAUAUAUAAAUAUCAGUCUGCGGUAAGCGGGAAAGACAGGUGGGCAGCAUUAUCCCUUCCUGCAGUUUUCGCGUUUUGAGAACGGUGUGGCCAUGUCUGUUCUGCGUUGGAGGAUCUUGAUAAUGUUGAUGAUUUGACAAUGUGUAUGAGAAUCAAGUCUCAUGAUUGAA